CAAUAUAUUACAGUCUAGGGCUCGCUGCUGAAAAGCCUGCUGGAUCUUCCAGUGACCUGCUGUUCUUUCCUGCUUUCCUGUGUGUGUUUUUUUCUUCCUCUCUAGAUUUAGAUUAAAAACAAAGCCCGUUCCUCCUUCUCCCUUGUCUUUUUAGACCUCUGCAAAGAAGCCCUGUAGUUUUGAGGGACUGUUACAAGGUUGGAAGACUCGAAUGGAGAUACGUGUUUGUUUUUGUAGCUUGUUGGGGACAUUUGCAGAAGGACAAGUCUAAGGAGAGCUGGACGUGAUUCUUCGGAAUUCCCUGCUUCUCCCGUUCUCCUGAUCUGUCGGACGGUAACAAAGUGGGACAUCAGGGAAUUCUGGGGGGAAAUCCAGUCCAAGUGUGAAGUAAGGGGAUCUGUUCUGGAGGACUCCUUGUCAGAUGCACUGACAAUCUUCUGCGGCUCCGAAAGGACAGAGCCGGGUUCCCGAGCUCAAUCCGGGGCUCAGUCCCCUGGUAGAGGGGGAACACAAGAGUAAGGAGGGUCAGUGCAUUGGCCGUCAAACCGGCAUCCCUCCGUUGACCAUGUACCCACAGGGUAGACACCCGGUACCUCUGCAGCCUGGACAGUCAUUUAAGUUUACGGUUCUGGAGACUCUGGACCGCAUUAAAGAGGAGUUCCAGUUCCUUCAGGCUCAGUACCACAGUCUCAAGUUGGAGUGUGAGAAGUUGGCCAGUGAGAAAACUGAGAUGCAGCGCCACUAUAUCAUGUACUACGAGAUGUCCUACGGGCUCAACAUUGAGAUGCACAAACAGGCGGAGAUCGUGAAGCGACUCAGUGCUAUCUGUGCUCAAAUCAUCCCUUUCCUCUCUCAGGAGCAUCAACAGCAGGUUGUUCAGGCGGUGGAGCGAGCUAAACAGGUGACCAUGGCAGAGCUCAACGCCAUCAUAGGGCAGCAGCAGCUCCAGCACCUGUCUCACCACACUCCAGGUAUUCCUCUCACUCCUCACCCUUCAGGUCUGUCUCUGGGUGGGACGUCCAGUCUGCUGGCCCUCACUGGGGCUCUGGGAGUCACAGCACACCUGGCCAACAAGGACGAGCGCAACCACCUAGACCCAGAGCACCUGCGAGAGGGUGCGCCCAGCAGGAGUAAAUCAGUGUCGUCGACUGACAGUCAGGCGGUGGAGGAUCGUCAGGGUCCGUCAGGGGUUUAUUCCUCUCAGGCCGGCGGUGAUGCCAAACGGAGACGCUGUGAGGAAAAAGACCUUCUGCAGUCUCACUACGACAGUGAUGGAGACAAGAGCGAGGACAAUCUUGUAGUAGACGUCUCGAAUGAGGAAGCUUCCUCUCCGGUCGGCAGUGCUCCACUGUCUCCUCAUGGGAAUGGACUGGAUCGAGCUCUACCACUGAGGAAAGAGCUCCCAGGAUCCCCCAGUCCCCCCGCAGCCUCCCCGCCACACAGCCCGACCCCUGGCAAAAGCAAGGACACGGCACAAACAGAAAAAUCUCAGUCGCCUUCCUCAAAAUCAGGCAAUUCCUCUCCCUCCCACCAUGACCCUCUCACCCCUGGUCCACCUGGCCCACCGGGACCCAGCACAUCUUGUUUACGGCUAGUCAACAAACCUGCCUCCUCGGCAGACCCUCUGGCUCUGCGGAGCCCCUUAACCAUGACGGCCGGUUCUUACCCAGCUCACUUUGGGGUGGUGUCUCACGCUGGGCUGAAUGGAGAGCUGGCCAGUCCGGGCGGAUUCGGUGGCUCACUCACCCUCUCGCCCCAAAUCAGUGCUGCAGCCAGUGCCUACACACGCAGCCCUAUGGUAGCGUAUGAAUCACGUUCACAUCUCAGACCCUCAGGGCUGUCCUCCUCACUUCCUGGCUCUACUGGUGGCAAACCUGCUUACUCGUUCCAUGUGAGCGCAGAUGGUCAAAUGCAGCCGGUGCCCUUUCCUCCCGAUGCCCUCCUCGGCCCUGGCAUCCCACGUCACGCUCGUCAGAUCCACACCCUGAGUCAUGGAGAGGUGGUGUGUGCCGUCACCAUCAGCACUUCCACACGUCAUGUCUACACCGGUGGCAAAGGUUGUGUCAAAGUAUGGGACAUCAGCCAACCGGGCAGCAAGAGCCCGAUGGCCCAACUGGACUGUUUGAACCGAGACAACUACAUCCGCUCAUGCAAGAUUCUACCAGAUGGGCGGACCUUGAUAGUUGGGGGUGAAGCCAGCACACUGUCCAUCUGGGACUUGGCCACACCCACUCCACGCAUCAAGGCUGAAUUGACGUCCUCGGCUCCGGCCUGCUACGCUCUGGCCAUCAGUCCCGACAACAAGGUCUGCUUCUCCUGCUGCAGUGACGGGAACAUCGUAGUCUGGGACCUGCACAACCAGACACUCGUCAGGCAGUUCCAAGGCCACACAGAUGGAGCCAGUUGCAUUGAUAUUUCCAAUGACGGGACCAAAUUGUGGACAGGAGGUCUGGACAACACUGUACGCUGCUGGGACCUGAGAGAGGGGCGACAGCUGCAGCAGCAUGACUUCACAUCACAGAUCUUUUCUCUGGGUUACUGUCCUACGGGUGAGUGGCUUGCAGUGGGGAUGGAGAGCAGUAAUGUGGAAGUGCUGCACGUCUCCAAACCAGACAAAUACCAGCUACACCUUCACGAAAGCUGCGUUCUCUCGCUCAAGUUUGCCUACUGCGGGAAGUGGUUUGUAAGCACAGGAAAGGACAAUCUUCUCAAUGCAUGGAGGACGCCUUACGGAGCCAGUAUUUUCCAGUCAAAGGAGACUUCAUCUGUCCUGAGCUGUGACGUGUCUCCAGAUGACAAGUAUAUUGUAACUGGAUCUGGGGACAAGAAAGCCACGGUGUAUGAGGUGGUGUACUGAACGCAGAUGCAAGAAUGAACAAAGAACACCAAGCAUGACACAAUCAUGGCCGAUACGUCAGGCAACCAUGGCUCUUCCAUUUACGGUCCUUUUACUCCAUCUGUUUCAGAGAUAGAGAAAGGCUUUGUUCGUAAUAGCAAACUACAUUGUGCAUUUGUAGUACAUUGUACUACAUACUACAUUUACCAAAACUUCCUGUAUAAAAAUGUAUUUGUGCUCAAAUUGACCUACGGUUUAAAGCUGACAUGAGACUGAAAUUCACCUUAUUUUCCUAAUGCAUCUUAAUCUUGUUGGAGCUAAUUUGAAUCAAUUUAAUAAUAAAUAACCUGACCUUCCUGGUAAAUGACAAACUGAUAUAUGACAGACCUCUCCAAUCAUAUAGUUGGUUUAAACCCCACCCCUUUCUGCAAACUUGCGUUAACAUCUCUAAUCAACAGCCAGUGGAUUGAUGUCUGACUAUUUUUACUUAACUAUACCAAUAUAGGCGGCAUGGUGGCUCAGUGGUUUGCAUUGUCUUCUCACAGCAAGAAAGUUGCUGGUUCGAGUCCCAGUUGCCAUUUCUGUGUGGAGUUUAAAUGUUCUCCCCGUGUUGGCGUGGGUUUUCUCCGGGUGCUCUGACUUUCCCCACAGUCUAAAGACAUGCGCUCUAUGUGAAUUGAAUGAACUAAAUUGGCUGUAGUGAAUGAGAGUGUGUAUGGGUGUUUCCCAGUACUGGGUUGCGGCUGGAACGGCAUCGGCUGCAUAAUACAUAUGCUGGAUUAGUUGGUGGUUCAUUUCGCUUUGGUGAUCCCUGAUAAACAAGGGAUUAAGCCGAAGGAAUGAAUUUACUAAUAUAUUUAUUUUGGCUACUCCUGUUAUGUUGCGACGUAAAGAUAAUCGACAACUGUAUUUUGAUGGCCUAAAAGACUUUUGAGACUGGCUUUCAAAAGUUAGCAAGUUUUUAAAAGCACUACUGUUAUUGUUUUUAAUUAACAUAUAUAUGACUUUGCAGAUGGUCGCUUUAUUGGCUCACUCAAAUGCUUGACAACUCAAACAACAAUGGCACAAAACAGGACAGUAUGUAUGCAGGCGCAUGGAGUUUGAUGCCACCUACUGGUGAAUUUGUUUUUGUCAGUUUCGAUAGCAUUGUUGGGAUUUCGAGUGUCCUGAGUUCAAGUCCUGGCUCGUGAACAUUUCACAAUCCCAUCCCUCUUCUUUCUAUCUCCAAGUUUGCUUCCUGUUUACAUAAGGUCCUAUUAGUUGGUUUAAACCCCACCCCUUUCUGCAAACUUGCGUUCAGAUUUCCAAUCAACAGCUAAUCUUAACUAUACCGACUAUUUUGUCUACUUCUGAUAAACAUCAGCUGUAUGUCGAUGGCCAAAAAUCUUGCACUUUGAGACUGGCUUUCAAAAGUUUGCAAGUUUGUGAAAGCACUACUAUUAUUGUUUUUAAUUAAAUAACAUAAACAUGACUGUAAAAACGUCAUGCAGAUGGUCACUUUAUUGGCAUAAACAAGUGCUUGACAACUCAAACAACAGUGGCACAGUACAGGGCACUAUGUAUGCAGGUGCAUGGAGUUUGUUGCCACCUACUGGUGAAAUAUAUUUUUUUGUCUGUUUUGAUAGCAUUUUGGACAUUUUGGGUGUCCCGAGUUCAAGUCCUGGCUCGUAAGCAUUUCCUGAUCCCAUCUCUCUUCUAUUUAUCUCCCAGUUUGCUUCCUGUCUACAUUCUGUCCGAUCACAGUUGGUUUAAACCCCACCCCUUUCUGCAAACUUGUGUUCAUAUCUCCAGUCAACAGCGAGUCUUAACAAUACCAAUAUAUUUAUCUCGGCUACUUCUGAUUAAUAGCAACUGUAUUUAGAUGGUCUAGAAUUCUUACACUUUGAGACUGGCUUUCAAAAGUUUACAAGUUUUUGAAAGCACUACCAUUAUUGUUUUUAAUUAAAUAACAUAAACAUGACUUUGUGAAAACAUCUUGCUGAUGAUAACUUUAUUGGCUUACACAAGUGCUUGACAGCCCAAACAACGGUGGCACAGUACUGAGCAGAAUAUGUGCAGGUGCAAAGAGUUUAUUGCCACCUACUGGUGAAAUUUAUCAUUAUAUUUUUUUUCAGUUUUGAUAGAAUUGUGGGCACUUUGGGUGUACCGAGUUCAAGUCCUGGCUCGCAAACAUUUCCUGAUCUCAACCCCAUUCUCUAUCUCCACGUAUGCUUCAUAUCUACAUACUGUCCUAUGGCAAGAAAGGCAAAACGGCAAAAAUUAAUCCUUAAAAAUUGUAGUAAUUUUUUUUAUCACUGUCAAUUGCCGCACGGACGGCAACAUGUAGAAUCAUUGCGCAUCGGGCAUGCAAAUUUCCUAUACCACAACUACUCCCCACCACCACUCCCCGCCCCCAUCCCUCUCAAUCUCUCUCGAAACUUCAAUUCCUGCCGACGUAUUGACAUAUUGCCGAAUAGCAAAAAUGGAGGGAAAAAAAAAUCUCAUUUUUGA